AUGUCAAGACACUGGGAACGUGUUGCAUCCCCAGACCUGAAAGACUGGAUCAAUGCCAAAGUGGAGACUGAAUCUAAUGAGUCUGUGCUCAACAGAUUGAAAGGGGACAUGGACGAUGGGACAAAUGGGAUGGGAUUUAAAGCCUGUGCAUUGACGGAGCAGCUCCUCCAGCAGCAGCACAAACCCCCCCCCAGCGCCUGUCCCACAGUCUUUUUUGGCCGCUGCACGGACCCGGUGAGAUCACUGCGGCCCCAUUUCCCCUCGGAGACACUCGGGGAAGAGUUGCUCGGCAGCAGCGAGACGAAGAAGAGGAAGAAGAGGAAGAAAAAGAAGAAGCGGAGCGUUUUUAUCUGUCGCCGCGUCGCAGCGUUCUAUCUCACACUGGAAAUGUCCGAGAACGAGCCGAGUGAUGAGCCGAAGUUAUCCACGACGGACAGGGCGGUGAAAUCUGUCCCAUUCCCCCCCAGUCACCGACUGACAGCUAAAGAGGUGUUUGACAGCGAUGGGAAGCCCAAAGUGGACGUGCUGAAAGCUCACCUAACCAAGGAGGGCCGUGUGGAGGAGGCGGUGGCCCUGAGGCUCAUAGCAGAGGGCGGCGCCAUCUUGCGCGCAGAGAAGAACCUGCUGGACAUCGAGGCUCCGGUGACAGUGUGUGGAGACAUCCAUGGGCAGUUCUUUGACCUGAUGAAGCUGUUUGAAGUAGGAGGAUCACCAGCCUCCACGCGCUACCUUUUCCUGGGGGACUAUGUUGACAGAGGAUAUUUCAGUAUUGAAUGUGUGCUGUACUUGUGGGCCUUAAAGAUCCUGUACCCCAAAACACUGUUUUUGCUGCGUGGGAAUCAUGAAUGUAGACAUUUAACAGAGUAUUUCACAUUUAAGCAGGAAUGUAGAAUUAAGUAUUCAGAGCGGGUGUAUGACGCAUGUAUGGACGCCUUCGACUGCCUUCCCCUGGCUGCACUUAUGAACCAGCAGUUCCUAUGUGUACACGGAGGACUGUCUCCAGAAAUCACAAAUCUUGACGACAUCAGGAAACUAGACAGAUUCAAAGAGCCCCCAGCGUACGGACCAAUGUGCGAUCUGCUGUGGUCCGACCCCCUGGAGGACUUUGGGAACGAGAAGACCCAAGAGCAUUUCACACACAACACAGUGCGAGGGUGUUCCUACUUCUACAGCUACCCUGCAGUCUGUGACUUCCUACAACACAAUAACUUAUUAUCUGUCAUCCGGGCCCAUGAAGCGCAGGAUGCUGGAUAUCGUAUGUACAGAAAGAGUCAGACCACUGGCUUCCCGUCUCUUAUCACCAUCUUCUCAGCACCCAACUAUCUAGAUGUCUACAACAACAAAGCGGCAGUGCUGAAGUACGAGAACAACGUGAUGAACAUCCGACAGUUCAACUGCUCACCUCACCCUUACUGGCUGCCCAACUUCAUGGACGUUUUCACCUGGUCCCUGCCCUUUGUCGGCGAGAAGGUGACUGAGAUGCUAGUGAACGUACUGAGCAUCUGUUCCAACGACGAGCUGACAACUGAGGAAGAGAUGGAUGGUGCCACCGCUUCCGCCCGUAAGGAGGUCAUCCGCAACAAGAUCCGCGCCAUUGGAAAGAUGGCUCGAGUAUUCUCUGUGCUCAGAGAGGAGAGCGAGAGCGUGCUGACUCUGAAGGGACUCACCCCGACAGGCAUGCUACCAAGCGGAGUGCUGUCCGGCGGCAAAGAGAAGCUGCAGAAUGCCAUCAAGGGCUUCUCACCCCAGCACAAGAUCACUAGCUUCGCCGAGGCCAAGGGCCUGGACCGCAUCAACGAGCGGAUGCCGCCGCGGCGAGACACGCUGCCCUCCGACGCCAGCCUCAACUCCCUCAACAAGGCCCUGUCCUCGGAGACCAACGGCACGGACGCCAAGGGGAGCACCAGCCCCAGCAGCAGCGGCAGCAACAUCCAGUGAGGGCCGGCAGCAGCAGGCGUCGCCAUGGCCGACGGGGCCCACCCCUCAUCUCGGCCCGCCACCGCAGAGGAGGGGCAGAGGGUGAAGGAGUGGAGGGGAGGCAUGCGGCUCCUCACACCUGGGGGGGACAUGUCACUUGCUAGUCUUUGGUUAUGCCUUCAAAAUAUUAGUUCAUAGUCAAAUCUGCUAAGUUAUUGCCGGUUCACAUUUCUGAACACUCGGGCCUUGAUUGUGCUUGAUGCUUCACCACACCACAGUAUGACAGGGAGAAGGAGACAGAUGGAUAGAUAGAUUCUAAGGGUGAUUUCUUUUCUUUAUAUUUUUCUCCUCUUGAAAGACCCUUGCUCAUUUACAUCGAAACGGAAAGUCGUGUGUAACUUCUUACUAACUAUUGUACGUUUACAAAAAUACAGCACUAAAAAGGACGGAACAUGAGAUCAUGUUUUUAACAUAUAAGGGUGUACAAACUAAAUAAGGACUAUUUAUUGAUAACUUCUUUUUUUUGCUACUCUUAUAAAAUAGCUCUGAAAUUAAUUAGGCAGUCUUAAAAAGAAUGUUGCAAUGUUGUCGAAAUGCCAAAUAAUGGAACGUUUUAUGGUUUUGUACAUAUUAUGCUUACCUCAGGUUCUUUUGGUGUGUGCUUUGACCUGAAUUUUUUCUGUAUAAUGGCUAAAUAACUCUGUAAUGAAUAACUAUUUUUCUUGAGUUUCAUAACUGGAAUUUACAUUUACCUAUCUAUCAUUUGCAAAUAUGUUUAUUUUUUGUUUAUUUUAUGGACAGGGGAUGGGGGGGGGUUGCAGUUUUAUCGUGGCUUGCUGGAAUUGAGUGUUAAUUUUUUCUCUUUUUAAGUAUUGCGAACAAAGUAAAAAUAGAGAACCUAUAUUGUGUAAAGAAAAAAAAGAAUACAAUAAACUUAAAAGUGUCUGCCUAUGCAUGUUUUAUAAAAGUCAAACAGAGGACGUAGAAAAUCUGAAUACCUUGGCUGUGGAGGCCUGUUUUGAGAUAUAUUGCGCUUUAGUGAACAUAUACUGGAAACGUAUACCUGCAUACUUUCAAUUAACACCAUGAUGCUCUAUGCCUUCAACUUCUUUUUGUAAUUGAAGCAUUUAAUUAUCUGAGAUGGAUGAGAAAUCAUAUUUUUAACCUGCGCUUGUAAGUGCACACAGUCCAAUUAAGCAUGUUUGACAAUUCUUGUGAGGUGUGUAGUUACAUGUGGAACUCAAAAAUGCAUGAUUAGCUGUUGGUGUCAUAUAACAGGUAAAUCGAGUUUUGUUCAGUUUUUCGGUUAACGUGCCACAGGAAGUGUAAUUUGAUUAUUGAUUACUAUUAUCAUUAUUUGGGACUCUGCUUUGUAUAUCAGUUAUAGGUUUGAUACUGCUCAAUACUUUAAGAUGAAACCAGAAAAGAAAAAAUACUUCAAUCUUUUUUAAAGAACUGCUUAAGUGCCCAAGUAAUUCACUACACGACAUGAAGCCUUGCUUUUGUAAUUUAACUUCAAAACUGUUGGCAGAUGAGGCAUGCACUUGCAACUAUGAAAAGUAUUUUAUAUAACUGUUCAAUAAAAAUGUGCAUGAAUUUCAACUUGAAAUGAAGCUG